AUGCCUGCCGAAGUUCUCUCGUCUACACAGCAGGAAGCUCGACAGGGUGCUCAGACAUACCUGGAUGCCCGCCUUUUGCAGAAAUCGAUAUCUCCGCUACAAUCAACGGAAUCCUUUACCAUCCCAGUGAUCGAUAUCAGUCCCUCCUUCGAUGCAUCUUUGCAAGAACGCAAGGCCGUCGCAACCCAAAUUCGUGCCGCCUGUACAAAUAGCGGAUUUUUCCACAUCACCGGUCAUGGUAUCUCCAGAGAGGCUCAGGAUGCUGUACUCGAUCUUGCGAAGAGGUUCGUGAAGAACCUAGACCCGGACAAGAAGGAGGCACUGCAUGUGAAGCAUUCUGAGUACUUCCGUGGCUGGGAGCCGUCUGAUUACACCUUCACGAAUCCGAGUGAUCGUCACGUGAAAGGUGCCAGACCAGAGACCAAAGAAUGCUUCAACUGGGGCUAUGAAGAAGGAUUAGAUCCUACUGGAGGUGAUGGUCAUUAUUGCGAACUCGAUGGAGCCAUAGGCGUCACGGCUAAUGUCUGGCCCUCGGAGCAAGAUCUCCCAGGAUUCUAUGGCACGGUCCGGCAAUACUAUGGAGAAGUCUUGAGCUUAGCCAGGCAUCUCUUCCGUCUUUUUGCACUAUCUCUGGACUUGGAGGAGAGUCAUUUUGACAGCAUGGUGACACACCCGAGUGCCAUAGCAAGGUUGCUUUACUAUCCAGGACAAGAAAAUCCUCAGCCUCUGGAUGACAGUGGUGAGGAUAAAGAAGUUGGACUAGGUGCACAUACAGAUUAUGAAUGCUUCACCAUCCUGCUUUGUUCUUCCGCCUCUGGUCUUGAGAUACUGUCACCUGAAAACGUGUGGAUUCCAGCUAGAGGGCCGACAGCGCCAGAAAACGGUCUGAUUAUAAACGUGGCAGAUUUUCUAAUGCGCUGGACCAAUGGGUUCUAUCGAUCCACGAUCCAUCGAGUGGUCAAUCGCACGCAGCACGAACGAUACAGCGUACCAUUCUUCUUCGGCGUCAACAAUGACACCAUCAUCGAGACGAUUCCCAGUUGCGUCACGCCAGAAAAUCCCUCCAGGUAUCCUCCAAUUCAGGCUGGAGAAUAUGUCCUCGAGCGGCUGAAAGCCACUGCAUCUGAUUAG